AAUAUGAAUCCACGGGUGCGCCAAUCGGAGCCUGGGAGCGCGCCACUGAGAGACGCUCUGUGUGGGUUUUCCCAGUCCAGGAUAAAACUGUUUGUCUGCGUUUUGGGGAACACCGUGGGGAACUUAUCUUAUCACCCAUCCAACUGUAGGCUACUACCAGCCGCCAAGCCACGUGAUUAGAAUCAGCAUUCUGCCCGCGUCCUCUCUCUCCCCAUGGAUGUUUUUUUUUACUGAAUUGCUCGAGAUAACCACCGAUUGAGGAUUAUUUCUGUUAGGGUUCUAUGCUGCGGGGCUAGCAUGAGACAGAGCCCAGCACGGAUCCAGCGCUCCAUGGACAUACCCUUCCCCAGUGCCCGGGAGGCCAGUCGGCUUCUGUAAAUGAGGUGGCCAUGGAGAGAAGAAGCGGCUGUGGAGUACAUCAGAUCUGCUUUCUGUUUCUCUUACUGUUUUCACUGUAUCCUGUCUGCUGUCGAGCCAGUUGGAUGUGGUUGGGAAUAACGUCCGUGGGAGUAGCGGAGAAGCUGGGCUGCGCCAAUCUCCCGUUGACGCACAAGCAGAAGGACCUGUGCAAGAGAAAGCCCCAUCUCCUGCCCAGUAUAAAGGACGGCGCGCGCAUCGGCAUCGCGGAGUGCCAGACGCAGUUCAUGCACGAGCGGUGGAACUGUUCGACCACCAAAGAGCUCUCUGUGUUCGGCUACGAGCUAACCAGUGGGACCAAGGAGACAGCGUUUAUCUACGCGGUGAUGGCGGCGGGGCUGGUCCAGGCAGUGACGCGCUCCUGCAGCGCGGGCAACAUGACGGAGUGCGGCUGUGACACAAGCCUGCAGGGCACAGGCUCGCCCAGCGAAGGGUGGCACUGGGGCGGCUGCUCAGACCAUAUCCAGUACGGUACCUGGUUCAGCAGGAAGUUCAUAGAUAAUGCAGUGAAGAAUAUGUCCUCAGCCAGGGGAGGGGAUACACUGCUCACCAUGAACCAGCACAACAGUGAAGCCGGGAGACAGGCUGUCGCCAAGACAAUGGCCACCGACUGCCGUUGCCACGGCGUGUCGGGCUCGUGCGCCGUCAAGACAUGCUGGCGCACCAUGGCGUCGUUCGAGCGCGUGGGCAACUUCCUGAAGGAGCGCUAUGAGGGAAGCGUGCAGGUGCUGGACCGCUCCAAUAGGAAGGUGAGGAGGAAGGAGAAGGACCAGCGUCGCGUGCCCAUCGGGAAGGAAGAACUUAUCUUCCUCAACAAGUCUCCUAACUACUGUCUGGAGGACCGGCGCUGGGGCGUGGCGGGCACUAGAGGGCGCCGGUGUAACCGCACCUCGGCCGGCUCCGACGGGUGUAACCUGCUCUGCUGCGGUCGAGGGUAUAAUACACACGUGGUUCGCCACGUAGAGAGGUGCGAGUGUAAGUUUGUGUGGUGUUGUUAUGUGAGGUGUCAGAAGUGUGAGAGCAUGAACGACAUGCACACCUGUAAAUAGGGAGAGGGAGGCAGGUGAUGGCACACACACACACACACACACACACACACACACACACACACACACACACACACACACACACACACCGUCCCCAAUGAGAGACUAAAAGACUCCCCCAUCAUUCCUCUCUCCCAUGGACAAGGGGGGCGCAGCAUCAACAACCCUCCAUCUCAACCCUCAGGAAGACAGUAUUUAUACACCGCACCAUCAGAGGUGGACAAAGACAGUGGAAAAUAGUUGAUUUUGAUUGGCUUAUCAGGGCCCAGCCUUGUAGGAGGCUAUCCAAUGGGACAGGAGUUCUAUAGUGUUUCAGAGGCUUGAGCAUCCACAUACUCUGAUUACCAAACAUGGACAUCUCCACAAUUUACUCAGAGGAGGAGAAAUGAGCCACAAAACUUGGACUCAAUGAUAAAAACAAACUGAACUUUGAUGAAAGUUAAAACGUCACUCUUCAAGUCAUCAAAUGGACUUAGUGAAUGUUGUCUAAGAGGAGAACAAAGGGACGAUGACUCAGUCCUGCAGCGCAGCAACAGCUUUAGAGGAAUGUAGAGUAGAUGCAGGAAACAAACAGUGUCAGUACAUUUCCAGAUCAGAACGAAGUCUCAUAUUGACAACAAUCCCUGUAGACAGUACAGGGAUUGGGCAACCGUCAGAGGUUGCCAUCUUUUGUAUAAUUCCUAUGACUCUGUUACAGGCUAGGGAGUAAGGACAGAUCCUGCUUCCACCCAUGGCUUUAUGGUGAUUGAUGGUGGAUAGAUUAGGCUUAUUCUUGUUGGAAAGGUCGAGAGAAGCAGGCUUGCAGUAUCAAUGCAUAGAAAUAAGUCUUGAAAUAAUCAUUCAAAUGCUUUGUAUUUUUGGAAUAAACUGUUAAUGAUUAAAAAAUAUAUAUGGUACCAUGACAUUUUUAUUUGAGAAAUUUUGGAAAGAUUUCUUGAAACCUAAAAUAUAUAUAUUUUUACUAUUCAGAUUGCGAAAUUCAGAGCAGAUUAAAGCUACAGGUGCUUUGAUUGAGAAUGUCAAAUUACGUAGUAUUUUUGUAAAUUGUUUACAUUUUGUAAAUAUUAAAUUAUGCUGUA